AUGCGAUCAAGGGGGGUUACACUUGUUCAAUUAAAGUCUGCAAUGGGUAAAAGAACUAAGAAAGUUGGUAUUUGUGGAAAGUAUGGAACAAGAUACGGAUCUUCGCUGCGUAAGAUCGUGAAGAAGAUCGAGAUUAGUCAGCAUGGAACCUACACUUGCGCCUUCUGCGGAAAGAACACCGUCAAGAGAACUUGCGUCGGUAUUUGGGAAUGCAAGAAGUGCAAGAAGGUCGUUGCUGGAGGUGCUUGGUCCAUCUCUACCCCCACUGCCCUUACAGUGAGAUCUUCUAUUCAGAGACUUCGUCGUUCCAAGAACGAGGCUUAAGGAUUGAGUCCGGGAAUUGGAACUGAAUCUGUACGGCGACCCUUAUGCAA